AUGCCUCAUUUUUAUGAAAUUUCGGAUAGAAUCGCAAAAUGUGGGGUUGCCAGUGUUACAAUUGUCAACACAUUUUUUAUAUUUCUCACUGUAUUUCAUAUCAGGGGAAUUUCUGGAACUUAUAAAACUAUGAUUAUUAUUAUGGCAGUAAUGGGAAUUUUACUUUCCAUUUUGGAGUUGUUGGCUCGUCCAUUUGUGCAUAACUACAACAAAGGGUGGAUAUAUUUCAGUCUGAAUUCUUGGAUGAACGUUCAUGAAGGUUUUCUAAAACUUACAAUGAUAUUCUACUCAAGUUUUUAUAUUGUAAUGUUGUCUCACAUAUCUGUACAGUUUUUAUUCCGUUACCUUGUUUUGGUCAGCCCAAAAACUGCUAAAAAAUUUACGGGAAAGGGUAUAUUAUUUUCGUUAUGUGUUUCAAUAUUUUUUGGAGUUAUUGAUGGUGUAGCGCUUAUGAUUUUUGGAUUAUCAGAUGAAUAUUCAGAUGAGUAUAUGAUGGUGGAAAUGUUGAACAAGUAUGAGUUGGCCAUUAAAGAUUUUCCACGAUUCAUCAUAGUAAUCUAUGGAGCCGACGGUUCACUACGUUAUCGAAAUGUGAUGUACUUAGUGAGUGCUGGAGUUGACGUCGCAAUUCAGUACCUCCUAAUUAUUUUCUGCGGAAUCAAAAUGCAUUUGGUCAUGAACCAAGGAUUCAAAAAUGUUUCAGUAGCGAACAAGAAGAUUCACAAACAAUUUUUGCGUGCUCUUAUAGUACAAACCAUUGUUCCUACUGUUUUGUUUGUUUUCCCUGCAGUCUUUGUGUUGCUGAGCCCAAUAUUAGAUCUGGAAAUGAGUUUUCAGACAGGAUGGAUAUAUGCUCUUAUAAGCAUGUUUCCUUCGAUUGACUCUAUUGGCUUCAUGUAUUUUGUGUCAGAAUAUCGAAAAGUUAUUAAAAAAAUAUACUUGGCAAUGAUUCCCGAAAAGAGAAGUGACCAAUCUGAACUCGACAUCAAUCCGUGAAUUAAAUACUUUUCGAAUGUGCAUAAACAUU